UUAAAACGAAAAAUGAGAGGCUCAACGAGACUAUUAUGGAAACUAUCUUUCAUUGUUUUGCUAGCAAUCGUUUCCGAGGCAGUCGUCAGUCCUGAACCAGACCUCUCAGAGUCAGGGCAAAACAAGUGCUCAGCUAACGAUGGUUCAUUAGACGGCACCGAGACCGGGAACAGACGUGAAGCCGCCGAGAUAAGAACACGAGCAGAAGAAAGAAAACCUAAAGGUAAUGGUGGUGGCGGCGGCGGCGGCGCCAUCCCGGAAGGAGCUGAGAUGAAUUGGCCAGGCAAAUGGGAAUUGUUCCUUAAGAACUCAGGCGUAUCAGCCAUGCACGCCAUUCUUAUGCCAUUGAUCAACAAAGUCCAGUUUUACGACGCAACCAUCUGGAGAAUCUCGCAGAUCAAGCUCCCUCCAGGAGUACCUUGCCAUGUUUACGACGAAAAGACUAAUAAAGUUGAUUGCUGGGCUCAUUCUGUCCUCGUCGAUAUCGAAACCGGAAACGUCAAGCCUCUCGCGCUUACAACGGACACAUGGUGUUCGUCAGGAGGUUUAACCGUAAACGGGACUUUGGUUAGCACAGGAGGUUUUGAGGGAGGAGCAAACACGGCGAGAUACCUUGUCAACUGUGAAGACUGUGUAUGGAAGGAAUAUCCCAAAGCAUUGGCUGCUAGGAGAUGGUACUCAACACAAGCCACUCUCCCUGAUGGCACUUUCAUCGUAGUUGGAGGCCGAGACGCUCUCAACUACGAGUAUAUCCUCCCGGAAGGAAUGAACAACAAGAAACUCUACGACUCUCAACUUCUUAGACAAACAGACGAUCCAGAGGAAAACAAUUUAUACCCUUUUGUUUGGCUAAACACUGAUGGUAACCUCUUCAUUUUUGCCAACAACCGUUCCAUACUUCUUAGCCCAAAAACGAACAAAGUCAUCAAAGAGUUCCCUCAGCUCCCGGGGGGUGCACGUAAUUACCCCGGUUCAGCUUCCUCGGCUCUUCUCCCCAUCCGUCUCUACGUAAAAAAUCCUGCUGUUAUCCCAGCUGAUGUCCUCAUUUGCGGUGGUGCAAAGCAUGAUGGGUUUUACCGUGCUGAUAGGAAGAAGAUUUUCGAUCCGGCCUUGAAAGAUUGCGCAAGAAUGGGCAUCAACAGUGCUAAACCUGUAUGGAAAACGGAGAUGAUGCCAAUGCCGCGCGUCAUGAGCGACAUUGUCAUCCUCCCUAAUGGAGAAGUCCUUAUAGUUAACGGCGCGAAACGUGGAACUUCCGCAUGGAACUGUGCCAAAGAUCCAAAUCUUUCACCACUCUUGUACAUGCCUAACAAGCCACUAGGCAAACGUUUCAAAGAGCUUGCUCCUUCCACUAUUCCACGCAUGUACCAUUCCAUAGCCAUCGCUCUUCCUGAUGGUAAAGUCCUUGUCGGUGGAAGCAACACCAACGAUGGAUACAAGUACGACGUUGAGUUCCCGACCGAGGUCAGACUCGAGAAAUUCUCACCACCUUAUCUUGACCCGGCUCUUGCCAACAUGAGGCCGAAGAUCGUGACCAGCGCCACACCAAAACAGAUAAAGUAUGGACAAAUGUUUAACGUGAGGAUCGAGCUUAAGCAAGAGGAUGUGACAAAAGAGAAUGUCAUGGUUACGAUGUUGGCACCACCUUUUACUACACAUGCUGUGUCGAUGAACAUGAGGUUGCUCUUGUUGGGAAUUAAUGAUAUCAAGAAGGUGAAACCUGAUUUUCAUCAGAUUCAAUCCGUUGCUCCUCCUAGUGGAAAUGUUGCUCCUCCUGGUUAUUAUCUUCUCUCUGCUGUCUACAAUGGUGUUCCUAGCGUUGGAGAAUGGAUUCAAAUUGUAUGAUUUUUUUAAUUUUCCAAAGUAUAAUUAUUUUUGAUAUGAUGAACCCUUCUCCUCCUCACCUAUAACAUUUCUUUUUGUAA